GGCGCGGGGCGGGAGCGCGGUGGACGCCGUGGAAGCCGCGGUGGCCGCCCUGGAGGACGACCCCGAGUUCAACGCAGGUUGUGGGUCAGUCUUGAAUGUAAAUGGCGAGGUUGAAAUGGAUGCCAGUAUCAUGAAUGGGAAGGACCUGUCCUCAGGAGCCGUGUCUGCCGUCCGCUGUAUCGCAAACCCCAUUAAGCUGGCGAGGCUCGUCAUGGAGAAGACACCUCACUGUUUCCUCACUGACCGAGGUGCUGCAGAAUUUGCAGCCACCAUGGGGGUCCCAGCAGUUCCUGGGGAGCAGCUGGUAACAGAGAGAAGCAGGAAAAGCCUGGAGAAAGAGAAGCAGGAGAAAGAUGCUCAGAAAGCAGACCAAGAAAAAAACUUGGGAACCGUGGGUGCCGUGGCCUUGGACUCCAAAGGAGACGUGGCCUAUGCCACUUCAACGGGGGGCAUCGUGAAUAAAAUGGCCGGCCGAGUUGGGGACACACCCUGUAUAGGAUCCGGAGGCUAUGCUGACAAUGACAUUGGAGCUGUUUCGACAACGGGGCACGGGGAGAGCAUCCUGAAGGUGAACCUGGCCAGACUCGCUCUCUUCCAUGUAGAGCAGGGAAAGACGUUGGAAGAGGCUGCUACCAUGUCUCUGGGUUACAUGAAGUCAAAGCUCAAUGGUCUGGGUGGUAUCAUCUUGGUCAACAGAGCAGGAGACUGGGCAGUCAAGUGGACCUCGGAGUCAAUGGCCUGGGCGGCCGCAAAGGAUGGCAAGCUACACGUUGGCAUCGAUCUUGAUGAAACCAGCAUCACUGACCUGCCCUAGGCCCCAAAGAUGGUAUUCCAGGUGCUGGCCUGCAGGUAAAGUGCCAUCUCCUUGUGUGAAGACUUAGCCAGUUAGAGACAGAAAUGGAAACACUGCAGUCUGCUCCUGGCUCUGUCACCUUGGUCAGUGAGUAUCCGAAUGUUUGGUGAGGGGUGGAGUCCAGAGCGAUGAGAGAAGUGUCCACAGUAAGGUCAAAAUAAGACAAGCAAAGAUGACAGACGCCUGAGCCCAUCUCUGGAGCAGUCCCUUGAUCUUAGGUUAGAAAGAAGAAAUGAUGAGAUCUUAACCCAACAGAAACUGCCUGAGUGCAGGGAGUGCCUUUGGAAUUGGGAGACCCGCCCCCACAGAGGCAGAGCUGCCUCCCCACCCCCCGGGGCUGUCUUGGUUGCAUUUUUUUGAGGGGAAAAGUGGGGAACAGAGUCCAUGGAGGUAUCUGGAAGCAUAGCAGGAGCAGCAGAGCUAAUGAGAGAAGUCCAGUUAAGCUGCAAAAUGUCACAACGCCCACUGGACUCAGAAGAACAUUGGGUAGAAGACACUAAAAGGAUAAACUGAUUUUUCUAAGAAAAUUCAUAUCUUCGCUGACUUACUAAUAUAGAUGUUUUGAGAUACUCUAAAAGGACCCUCUGGUAACCUGUAGCUCCUUAAUCUGGGGAUGAAGGGUGAUUAUGGAGACUGUGGCUGGAGCUCCUUCAAGUCAGAGUUUUCUUGGGCUCACACAUGAGCCUGCUCGCCCAGUGUCUCUCCCACGUAGCCAGCACGGCAGCUCAGAGCCAGCCUCUGCUGCCGCAGACCUCCGGGUCCUCACAGCGGCCUUUGUCUCCCCUAGGACAGGGAGGGCCGAUCGAUGCAGAGAUGACACUGUGGCUGUGCCGUAGUGUGUUCUCAUACUGUCCAUGCUUUGGGACCCCACCCUACCCCCCACUGAACUGGGUGUGACUACAGUGUGGUCGUCAUGGUGAAGAAAGUAAUUUCUGUGGUGGGGAGUCUUCCUGUUAACCUCUUGUCACACUGGAGUGGUGUAAGCUGUGACUUACCUGCUCAGUCUUGUAGUCUGCAGGAUUUACCUUCUCUCUGGAAAGAAACUGCUUAACUUGAAAUUCCGCGUGCCACUAAUAAAACAUAUUUUGAAAGAAUAA